AUGCCUUUGACUGGAAUUCUUGAAGUGGAACUAUUUGAUGUGUGGGGGAUUGAUUUCAUGGGACCCUUUCCGUCGUCGUACAACAAUCUGUACAUAUUGCUAGUUGUGGACUAUGUUUCAAAAUGGGUGGAAGCAGCUGCAACACAUGCAAAUGACGAUAAAACGGUCCUAAACUUUCUUCAAAAAUAUAUUUUUACUCAGUUUGGAACUCCUCGAGCUAUCAUUAGCGAUGAAGGGAGUCACUUUUCUAACAAGAAAUUUGAGGCUUUACUGGCAAAGUAUGGGGUGCGACAUAAAACUACUUUGCCUUACCAUCCUCAAAGUAAUGGUCAAGCAAAGAUUUCAAACCAAGAGGUGAAACGUAUUUUGGAGAAAACUGUGCAGCGAUCAAGGAAAGAUUGGUCUAAGAAACUCGGUGAUGCAUUAUGGGCGUAUAGAACAUCUUUCAAGACACCUAUUGGCAUGUCUCCAUAUAGGUUGGUUUUUGGGAAGGCGUGUCACCUUCCGGUGGAACUUGAGCAUCGAGCUUUUUGGGAUAUGAAGACUUUGAACAUGGACAUGGCAGCAGCAGGAGAGAAGAGAUUGCUGCAGUUGAAUGAGUUAGAGGAGUUCAGAAAUGAGGCAUAUGAAAAUGCCAAAAUUUACAAGGAACAGACUAAGGUGUGGCAUGACAAGAACCUUGUUCGCAAAGAAUUUCAACCAGUAUUCCCAUAUGGCUCAAUUGAGGUGACUAGUGAGAAGGCCGGGAAUUUUAAGGUGAAUGGACAGAGAUUGAAGCUCUACUUGGGUGGUCAUUUUGAUCAGGCCAAGUUCGUCAUCCUCUUAACGCCACAGUGA